AUCUGUCCGUGUCCUCCUGCGCUGAUGAGUUUGAUGGCUGCUUCCGUCCGGCACCUUCUCCCGCUGCGCCUGCUGCUUCUGGAUGCUCUCAUGUCCGAUUACACUGUUCUGGUGGAUGCAUACAUGAGCAGCUACCAGAACCAGUCUCUUCACUUCGACCAGGAUGAGUCGACACUCCCUAAGGAAGCAGAAGAGCUGCUGUCGGUGAGGCGGGAACGUCGGGAAUGGGCCGCACGUCACUAUUCUCUGACUGACCGAGGCCUUGUGGACCGCUCCAGCUUUAAACCCUCUCCUCACGUCAAAACACACACCGACUCCGUCUGACGUGUUGACAUGUCUUCCAUAUAUCAGUAAAGUUCUGUUAAAAAACUGAUGAACCUGUUAGAACUCAUCGUACAUCUGUCUGUUCAGUUUGAUAACAUUGAGCACAUUUGUAAUAUUAUUUGAAAAAUAAUUUAUUUUUGUGCAGUAUGUUGGAAUUCAUUUUUUUACACUUCUGCAAUAUGUGAAGACUGUCUUCAUUAAAUAUAAAGCUCUUA